AUGAUCAUAUGUGUUCACACAAGUGUUUACGCAAAUAUUGAUAACGGCAAAAAUAUCUUAUUGAUACGGUCAUCUAAAAGUCGGAGACGAUAUUUCAUACCGGAUUAUCUCAAAAAUAUUCAACUAAAAAAAGUGCAAAAGAACGGCUAUGGUCUAGAAGUUGUUGAUAGGCCGCAACGCAGCAAAACAGUUCUGUAUUACAAUCAACCACUUUCAGGUCGGCCUUUUUCCCAAACUUUGGAAAAAAUGACGGCUUACAGAAAUACAGAAAGAUACGAUCGUAUUUUUUUGACGGGACAUCGUGCUACAUUAGCAUUUGGUGCUCUUACAUCACCAAUCCAAUUUCAGUGUGCUGAGAGCAAGUUCUACCAUGAAAUGAAUCAGCACUCAACAUGGCAUGUGCGCUUCGCGACAAAGAACUCAUUUAUUGCUAUUAAUAUGGGUUACACAGAGUUUCAAUUGAAACGUGAGCAUAUUGAUACACAUCGCGGAGUCGUUUAUGAUGUAAAAUCAAGAUCUGAUGUUACCAUUCAUAUUUUCUUAAAAAACAAUCUUGAAGAAUACAUACAACAACAGCCACGUAUGCCAUUAACAACUCGAGGUUACACACGUCGAGUUUACCUACAAAAUACAAAUCAUGAAAAGCUUCACCCAUCAUUCUCUACAUUGCGUCUGUCCAUCCAAAAAGAUGAAUGUGAACAUUCUUCUGUUGACAGAUGUUUACGAUAUAUGUUUCAAUACUGUGCUCGUCAUUCAAUUCCAUUCAAUGAGAGAUCAAUUGAAUUCCUUCAUCGAACUUACAUAUAUCAAAAACACUUCGUGGUUCGUACCGAAAGUUUUAUUAUUCAAUACGCGUGGCAUAUGCUUGCUAGCAUCGGCUGUCGCGUAUAUGAGCAAAUGGUCAACAGUUCUCGAAUGACAAAACGCAUAGUUAAGUUAGUGCGGCAAGGCAAUGAACAACGGUUUUAUUACGUCAUGGAACGGUUGCAACGUCUUGCUACAGGUCCAGAAGGUUAUUUCGUUGAUCUGUUUAAAGCAUUGUCUGACAUCGAGCAUGAAUAUAAGAAACUUUAUUUGUCCAGUAUUUACCACGAAAAGGACCAAUCUUGGAAGAACUAUGUUCGUAUUCCAUGGUUUCGUUUCACACCAACACGAUUGAUUGUGAAACCGUUAAAGUUCAUGAAAUCGAAUCGAGUGUUUCGAUAUAUCGGCAACGUGAAAAACUGCAUGGCAUUCGUCGAUUUUCGGGAUGAUAAUGGUUCAGAGUUUCUCUGUUCAGAACUUGUUCCAUUUUUGGAAUUUUAUCUUAAGCAUGGUUUUCACUUCGAAAAUCGUCACUAUGUCUACCUUCAUCAUGCCCAAUCGCAGAUAAGAAAAAAGCAGUUCUACUUCUAUUGUGAAGCCGAAGGUGGCCAGACGCGGGAACAAUUAGAAGAAUGGAUGGGCAAUUUCAACGAAGAGAAACUACCGGCAAAGAACACUGCCCGUCGUACUCAGCCAUUUUCGAGUACAGAAGCAACAAUCGAAAUUGCGCAGCGUAUGGUGGAGAUCAUUCAUGACAUUAAAACAAAGGACGAAAAAUAUAAUUUUACCGAUGGUGUUGGACAGAUUUCUUCGGAUUUGAAUUUAAGAAUACACGAAGAACUCGGUGUCAAUGUAGACGAUGGUGGUUACGUUUCCAGCGUUUUGCAAAUUCGUUAUGGCGGCUGUAAAGGUACCCUUGCUGUCAAUCCUGAGCUAGAUGGACAAGAGAAACAAUUGUUAAUCAGAAAAAGUAUGCAGAAAUUCCAAUGCAAUCACAUCGUGCUCGAAGUGUGCAAACGUUCAUUGCGACGACGAUUAUGUCUCAAUCGAGAAGUGAUUAAUCUACUCUCAUAUCGUAAAAUAUCUUCCGAACGUUUAUUGGCAUUCCAAUUACAGAAUGUUCGAUGGCUGUUUGAAUCCUUUAUCUCCGACCAAGCGGCACUGUCCGUCCUUGAAGAAAAAGUUCUUCAUGUUUUACCAUGGAGAGAUAUAUCUGCCUACCAAGGUUUAUUCAAAGAGCCAUUUUUCGGUCGACUACUACGAACAACCAUAUCGAAUAAUCUGCAUCAACUGGUAACCCGAGCACACAUUCGGGUCCCGCAAGCGCGUUAUAUGUUCGGAGUAGUGGAUGAAUAUGCUGUUCUCCCGCAAGGGAAAGUCUUCAUCCAAAUUACACAUGAAGAUGGAACUAGAGAGGUUCUACAGGGACCUGUAGCUAUCACAAAGAAUCCUUGCCAUCAUCCAGGCGAUCUUUUACGCCUAGAAGCUGUUGAUGCUGAACAUCUUCAUCAUCUCUAUGAUGUUCUAGUAUUUCCUCAACUAGGUUCACGACCGCAUGCCAGCGAAAUGUCCGGAUCGGACCUUGAUGGUGAUGAAUUUACUGUUAUUUGGGAUCCAGAACUCAUUCCGAAUUCGCCCAAUCCACAACCACACAACUAUGAUGAUAACUGUCCUGCAAAACCUCUUAGGCGUAUUGUCACUCGCGAUGAUCGUCUGAAAGUGAUCCGAGAUGUUUGUGAGCAGGAUAAUCUCGGAAGAUUAAGUAUUCUGCAUUUGGUUCAUGUGGACAAGUUUGGUAUUGAUAGUGAUGAAGCUAUUAAGUUAGCUGCCGGUAUCAGUCAUGAACUAGACAGUGUAAAAUCAGGACAUCAUCCUUACACUGCAACGGAAAUAAAAAAUAUUGCUAGCGUGGCAGGAACUUCACGACCGGAUUUCAUGCAAGCGAAAGACUGCGAACAAUAUCAAUCAGAAAAAGCACUUGGUAAACUGUUUCGAAGUGCCGAUCGUUUGGCCAAAGUUUUCCAAAAAUUAUUUACUGGUGAAGAUGACAUAAUCGACCUUGAUCUGAAACUUCUUCACAAAGAUUAUGAAAAAUACAUCGACUUCGCCAAGAAUCUGUAUCGAAGAUAUCGAUUUGAGAUGUUCGAGAUUAUUCGAUCGUAUGGGUUCUCGAACGAAAUUGAUUUAUUUUGCUGCAUGGAAUCGCGCAACGUGGGAGCAAACGAGCGCAGCGACGUUCAAUAUACCGCGCAAGAAUUACUAAAGGCUGUCUUUGCCGACAUUCGACGACGAUUUUUAGAAGAUACAAGAUCACCACGCGAACUGAAAGCGAAAGCAAGUGCCUGUUAUUAUGUCGCGUAUAACGAUUGCAGCGAAGAAGAAGAACGGAUGCUAAGUUUCCCCUGGCUAUUCGCAUCUCAACUUCUGUCUGAUUAUUCAGCAGAUUCUCCAGAAGAAAACAUUUCGACUGUAUUUAACAGUAAUAUUAGCCACUGGUGGAAAUCAGAGGCACCUCGUAUCUUGAAGAUUUUUCCAAAAAACGAAGUCUUUUCAUGCGUGAAAAUGUUACAAGUAUGCCUCGAAAAAGCGUCCACUUUACACGAUGAACAACUGAUAAACUAUGCAGAACAAUUAUUAGAACAAAUUAUCAUAACCGCCAAGAAACUCACACAAAUGUAA